AUGAAACAAUUUGAAAAUAUUGCUCAGUCUUUUAAUGCUGAAUAUGUUGUUCCUGUUAAUGAUAUGCAAAAUUUCCAUGAAAGUAUGAUGAUGGUUUUGAGUGGUAUUAUGGAUGAUAAGUCUAAUGUUGAUGAAAUUCGUUAUAAAUUGGAUGUUGCUUCUCAUGAUUUUGAUAAAUUGCGAGGUUCUUGGAAUGAUAAUAGAAAUGCAGGUGCUAAGAUUAUUGCAAAUAAAUUAGCUGAACGAAAUGGUAUAAAUAUCAAUGAUUUUGUUGAAUAUGCUCAGAGUUUCGCUGUACGUGGUGGUGCAGAUUCUUAUGUUUCUGAGAGUGUAAUACAACCCAGAAAAAGAAUGAUAAGAGAUGAUAUUUCUUCUGAUUCAAAUUCUGGAUUUGACAAACGUGGAGAUGGAACAGUUACACCGAGAGAAAGAAAUCAUGGAUAUGAAAUAAUGGGUAGACAUAAAAUUGAACCUAAAUAUGAUGCUAUUCCCAUUGCUUCAGAUUAUAGACAGAAGACAAAUGAUUUGAUGCGUUCAUCUUAUAAUGAAUAUGAUUAUGAGAAGUGGUACAAAGAAGCUAGAGGAAGAAUAAAAGAACGAGUAAAGAAAUAUUAUGACAAUCCAGAAAAUGAAAGAGAAGUUGUUGAUAUUAAUGGACAUAUUACUGAAUCUAUUCCCAGAGGUGUGUAUAACAUGAUUGAGGCAGAUGAAAUUGAACAAUAUGAAAAGCGUGUGAGUGCAUCGAAAAGAAACAAUUUAAUACUAAAACGUACUAUGGAACGUAUCAAUAAACAUGCAUGGGAAGAUGCAAUGAAGAAAGAUAAAACAAUGAAACCGAGAAAAAUAACAAAAAUUUCAAUGGUAAAAGAUAAAAAGAAAUAA